AUGCGCCUGGCUGUAAAGCAAGAAUCCUUCCGUUUGGAGGUACUGAUGAGUCGCUUGCAGUCCGAAUGUUUUACAUUUUGCUGCAAGAAUCUCAGCAGUAAAGAGUUAACCAUGGAUGAGGUGAAGUGUGUGGAGCGUUGUGCGGUAAAAUAUUUGCAGGCAAGCGAUAUUAUCAACCGAGCACUCGAUAAGGGGGAGUCGGGUGGUGGUGCUGUGAAGCAAAUGUUGAAGUUGUAG